AUGACAACACCGCCGCCGCCGUCGCCGCCACCAGCGUUCGUGUACCGGAUCAGCACGGGGGAUGAGUGGGCGGAGCUUCAGCGCACCGGCGGCACGCUCGGUGGCGGCCUCGACCGCUCCACCGGCUGCUUCCACCUCAGCAACCUCGGUCAGGUGAAGAUGACGCUAAAGAAUUAUUUCCGUGUGCAAAAUGAUCUAUACCUGCUACAAGUUGACACUGCUAAGAUUGCAGAUGGCUUGAUUUAUGAGGCAGCUAAUGGUUGUAACUACUUUCCUCAUUUCUAUGGCCCUGAUCGGAGCUUUGCACCCCUUCAACUAAGUGUUGUUAUCAAGGCAGACAAAAUAGAGCUGGCGAACAAUGAUUUUACUUGCAGUCUACUUGAUGGAGCAGCCAUCUAA